AUGGCCACCUUAUCUGGAUCUCGACGCUCCAGCUCCGCAUCAAUGCCCAACAACCACGAAAUUAGACUCAUGAUGAAUGAUCCUCCUUGGUUACCACUAGCGAUUUCCUUUCACUUUCUGGAUCUCCCGCCUGAAAUUCGAAACCUGGUCUACUACGAACUCCUCACGUUGCCAGAAGCCUCUUCCGUUAGGGGUUGCCACCCACAAAUCCUCGCCACGAGCAAGCAGAUGCAUAGCGAAGCCAAGAAACUCCUCUUCCUCUUGAACUACAUUCCGAUCCGCAUCCUUCCAGGAGGAGUCUUCAUCGGAAACUUACGCUGCGGCGAUUACGCUCCGAGCCUUCGAAGUAACAAGAAAGGCGUCAUCCCUGGCAGCUCUCAAAACGACCUCCGCCACCUGGUCUGGCCCGACUUCCUACGCACAGCGCCAUUCAUCCGCUUUGAAGGCGGCGGCACUGUUGAUUGCAGUGCCAAAACUCACAUUGACGAUGAAUGGCAGCAAGCUUUCAAUCGCUCGGGUUCCGAUCGAUUACUUCCUUAUCAGUAUGAGAUGUUCAUCUCGAACGUACUAUGGUUGUUGAGUGCGGAGCUGCACAAGGAGAGAAUGUGCCGCCUCCUUAAAGGUACCUGGCGACGCCAUGAUACUUUCCUUAGCCAUCCGGGUUAUGGCCUCGAGCUGUAUCCGAGCGUCGUCAACGGCACCCAAUUUUCCUACAAUCCUAGGCCAGUCGAUGUUGACAUGAGGUCGAUGGCGAAGGACGUCCAAGCUGGAAAGACGAUGACCAUCGCUGCUGUCCUUGCAAGCUGCCUAACGCUACUCUGGAGAGUCUACGCCGCUCAUCCGCCGCUUGGCGCGGUCACAUACAACAAUGCCGCCUCCGAUGCCGAGCAUCUCCAACGUCCAACAGUCACCAUACUUGGUAGUGAGAUCGCAAGCAAGAAGAUGACGGCUCAAGCUCUCUUCGCCGCAGUUUACGCCAAGCCGGCCACGACUGAAAAUCCACCUGUCUUCCGCCUGGAAUUUGUCAACUGCACAUUCCUAGAUCUGGAGACCGUUAAGCGGCUCAGAGAGCUUUUCCCUCGGCUUCGACAUGUCGAGAUUCAGAGAUGCCUAUACUUUGGAUGGCACCGGUUCACCGACAAAGAUGAGCAGCUUUGGUUGGAGCAGGUCAGAGACCUUCCUUUCUCUCUCGACAUUGCAUACUACGAGCCACCGCGGCGCUACGGUCCGCUUCAACCAACACCGCACCAGAAUACUCCGAAUGGUACAAUGCCGGCCCACGGAUUGCAGACGCUCAGCUGCAACGGCUGGGAGUCGAAUGAAGAGAAGCGGUACGGUGUGCCGAGACGACGCAAAGAUCUCAAACAUACCCCAGAGCGGCCGCGAGAAGUGUGUUCCGAGCUUCUAGCCGGCAGAGGCGGCAAGGCUUUUGCAUUCCGCUUCCGCCGCGGCAUACCGGAGCUCGUGCUCUCUGGUUGCGUCUCCACAGUUCUCGCUAUAACCAAUGCAUCUGGCUACUGCCCUCCACUCCAGACCUUUCAGAACCUCCUCCCUGACGGAAGCAACUUCCGGGAUGCUCUCCAGGAUCUCCAAGACCGCCAAGCCCAUAGUUCUACUGCCAGAGGAUCUGCCGUCUUACCUUUUUCGGAAGAUCAUCUUGCCAAACGACCGCUGUCGACGGGAAAUGACCGCAAGCAACGAGAGCGCGGAUCACCUGUCUCCGAUGAUGCUAACGAGGCUGCUCGAAUUUGCAUGACACAGAGAGCGACAAAGAGCGUGCAGAACGAGGUCAAUGGGGUCAAGCUCAAGACAAUCCAUCAGAAGACUUUCGAGAUUCAUUGUAACGAGGUUAAGGACUUCACCACCGCCCUCAAGGAGGCGAAAAAUGCCCAGCACUCGACAAUCCAGACAGCCGCCAUAUCCAUCCACGAGGUCAAAGACCAUACCAGCGACCUCAGAUUCGUGAAAGACGCUCGAGACGAGAAGCUCCGAACGGCUGCGGACAAUCAGGCUUCCAAUGAACGCAACACUGCCUGCAUCAAGGUCAUCAACGCUGAGACCGGACAGACGAGCGUCGACACAGUCAAAGACUGCACUGCUGAACUCAGCGAAGCUGUGGCCGAGCAACAGACCAAGCUGGAUCUGUCUACAGCGGCGCGGGCGAAGAAUACUUGCAGCGAGUCUGAGGGCAAGGCAAUCGUCACCAAGACAGCAAGCAUCGCCGUCGACAAGGUCUUGGACCUUACCCCUCAGAUCAAGGAUGCUCUCACUCCACAACAGAGCCGCCUGGAUCAGUCUGUCCGAGCCAUCGCGAGCAACGCUCGCAGCGAGUCUGAGGUCAAGGCAAUCCUCGCGCAGACAGCAAGUAUCGCCGUCGACAAGGUCAAGGACCAUCCGCUUGAGCUGAGCGCCGCUCGGGAAUCCCAGCAAACGAAGCUACAGGAAUCGGUGGACGCCCAAGUUGAAGAGUCUCGAAAUGAGAUGGAGCUUCAAGCGAUCGAGGCAUCUUUGUCUGGAAUCCUGGUUGACUCAGUCAAAGACUGCAAGCUCCAGAUUGACGAUGCCAAGAGCAAGCAACGAGAGAGAGCAGCGCAAGCGGCAAACAACGCCGCUUCCAAUUUCAUGUCUCAAUGCCGGAUCGAUGCCAUCAUGCAAGCAACGAACACGAUCGGGCUGGUCGAGCUGAAGAACUUCAAUCUUGACGAAGAGAUUGAAACCAACAAAAUGGAGAGCAGGGCCAGGGGUAAGGCGAGGAACACCGCAACCAAUCUUGCGAAGCAGAGCAAGAUCGCGGCAAUAACUGCGCAGGCCAAAUCUAUGGUCGACAAUGCCGAUCCAGUCAAAGACUUCACACAAGAGAUGACUGAAGCAGCCAACAAGUAG